GAGGGCGCCGGUGGAUCUCGUAUGGCGGACGGGUCGAGCCCACCCUCUGCGACACCGCCAUGAUAAAUCACAUUCUUCUACUGCGCUUGCGUAGUACACAGUUCGCUCUCAAGCAACUCAUCACGUCGCCGCCAUGAAGUGUCUCCAGCCUGUCUCCAUUGUGGUCGCCGCCCUGGCAUCGGUUGCGUCCGCAGAUACAAUCAGUGUCCUAGGCGCCGGCGUGUUUACUGUUGCGAGUGGCACUCCAUGCUCUGGUAGCAAUGUCAACGUUGCCGGGGCGUGUCCUGGUGCGCAACCAGGUCUUCCCUUCGGAUCGUGCUGCGUUUCGAUCCCAAACCGCGCCACAGUUGUGAUGGGGUGUGCGCCUUUGCAGUCGACAGUGGACUCGUGCGCAUCUGUCGCUGCGCGUUUGAGCGGCAAAUCCAAUGCGUCGACUCAAGUGACCACGACCAAUACUCCCAUGGAAAAACCUGCAGAGUCCACGACAUCCCCUUCGGACAUUCCCAUCGUGAACCCAUCGACCUUGCUUCCCACUCCAUUAAUUGACCAAGCCGCGGGUGGGGGGUUCACGCCCAAACCUACCGCAUUGACCCCCACCACCGAUCCUAUCGCCAUGACGGAUUCCCCAAAGGUUGUCAUGAGCGAUGCUGGAAAUCCAUCCAAGGCGACCCUCCAAGACACGACCAUCAGCAAUACCAACUCGAUCCUUGUCGUUGCGAGUAUCGUUGGCGUGGUCAUCGCAAUCAUCGGCGGCGUCUUCUUCGUUCGCAAGAACUACGCCGAUCGCAACUUGAACCAAGACAAGUCCCCGAACACGCCUGUCCAUCCUGCCAGCAUGGGCGGCGGUGCGUAUGCGCAAACAACCCCGUAUGACGAGGGUGAUUUCCUGACGCCGAAGGAAGACAUGGUGUGUCUCUAAAAAAUGGACUUUGUCGUCCAUGCAUUGCGUUGGCUCUCCCUCCCGUCAAGAGGAGUCCAAAAGCUAUCAUGGAAAGGAAGAGGCGAGACUCCACCAUUGCCUCCACCGAUUUCUGUGGUUCCCAGUGCACCAAUGUCCACUUGAAAUUGCUUUGAACAGUUGUCAAUCAUCACUCGACGUGACCUGGAUUGGACACUUUAGGGUUUCAGCGACAACGCGGCUGUCUUCGGUGCAUGCUUAAACCCGGCAGUGAGUAUUCAGGGCGUGGGCACGACAUUCCAGGCAGCUAUUUAUCAGGCUCUGCCUAUUCCUCAAGCAUUUCGCGACGAAGGCGUUGCUCGAUACCGUUUUCGUGGGAUGCUCGUGGGAACGGCAAGUCCUAUGAGGCUCAGCAUAUGCAGGCAGAGCGCUAAAUUUCUACCCGGCCAGGGUGACGCGAUAAUUACCGAUGCUGUUCGACGCUUACACAACGUCGAGGGGCCUUGUCGCGUUUUAAACGGAACUCAAAACUUGGUUGUGAC